GCGCUGGCUACUCAUGGCGUUGUCAGGCCAAGUGAUGGCAGUUUUGAUGGCCUCCGCAUUUCAAGUUUCUUCCGCCGAUUAUUGCUACGGAGAAGAUUACUGCAAUCCUUACGAAUGGAGCAAAACUUAUUUUUCCUGUACACCUGAUUAUACCAAGCACCACUCUCCCAUCGACAUCAGUGCCAGGGUGAUGAAGAACGACAGCCUUCCGCCGCUCAUCUUCACAGGCUUCCAUGUCGUUCAGAGCUCUUGGCUUGUAGCUAAUACCCGGGACACAGUUGUUGUUGAGGUUCAGAAAGGUAUGAAAGUGUCAGGAGGUGGGUUAAGAAAUGAGUAUCAGAUUGUGGAGAUGAGGUUCCACUGGGGUUCCAGAACCACCAACGGAUCGGAGCACACGUUCAACAAACGCAGGUUCCCUAUGGAGAUGCAGCUAGUGGGUUUGGCUCCUGGAUUUCAGGACGUGUUCUCAGCUUCCAAGGAGCAGUCCGGCUUGGCCAAGCUGGGAGUUUUCAUUGAUAUUGGUGAUGAGAAUGUGCCUUUUAAAGCCAUAUCCGACGCUAUACCUAGCCUGAGCUUUCCAGGGCAAUCGGUGAACGUGACCCCACCAGCACUGCUGGAUCUGAUGCCUAACUACACCAAUAGGUUCUAUUGCUACAGUGGAAGUCAAACUGCACCACCCUGCUUCCCGACAGUGCAGUGGAUUGUGUUUGAGAAACCUAUCUUCAUCUCCCAAAAGCAGUACUUGGUGUUUGCUACUGGUGUGUAUUACUCUGACGAAGACGACCCGAAGCGCAAGCUGUUAGUGGAGAACUAUCGUCACGUUCAGUCCAGUGCCAUGCGGAGUGUCUUUGCCUCUCCUGACGCCGCUGUGCUCAAAUCCCAAGGAGCGUCUCCAGUCGGGGUCUUCGGCACCAUCCUCAUCCUCCUCCUUCCCUGCAUGCUGAGGAUGGCAUAAAGGCAAAAAUGUUUCCCUAGCAUAUACUGCUGGCUAUGUUUGUGUUUUGUUCGAUAGCUUUAUGAAGAGUUCAGUUUGUUUGACAGAUUCAGUUUAUCCAAAUCAGUUUUGCGUUUUCAGUUUUCUUUCUUUUGAUUCAAUUGUUUUAGCAUGUCACGUUGCUUAAAUUGUAUAGAAAUGUU